AUGGUGAUAAAAUAUCUGAUCAAGAAUAAAAACAAACGUGACCAUAACCCGGUUCGAAACGGAGAGUUUGAUGGAUGCUCUGGCAUUUAUAGAUUCUCCAAGGCCGAGAUAGAGAAUGCCAUGAAAUUUGGCAACGAAAGGAAGUGCCUGGGACGCGGAAGUGCCGGGCAAGUUUAUAAGGGCAUUCUACCCAGUGGACAAGUUGUGGCCAUCAAGCAGAUAUAUGACAGCAACAGGUCUGGUUCUUUUAGUCGGGAGGUUGAAGGUCUUUCGAAGGUUCGGCAUCCGAACCUAGUCUAUCUCUUUGGUUGCUGUGUUGAAGGUGGCGAGCAGUACUUAGUCUAUGAGUAUUGUUCAGAGGGAAAUCUAGCUCAACGUCUCCUAAGAAAGGACGCUGGCCUAACAUGGAAACAAAGAGUAAAGAUCUUGAGGGACUGUGCACUUGCACUUAGGUAUCUCCAUCAUUAUGUAGAUGGUGGUUGCAUUGUCCACAGAGAUAUUAAGCUUACGAACAUCCUUUUGACUGAGAAGUUGGAACCGAAGCUCUCUGAUUUUGGGUUGGCAAAGCUGUUGGGGAUGGAUGAGAGCAACGUAUAUACAGAUGUUCGGGGAACCCUUGGCUAUAUGGACCCCGAGUACAUGAGCAAUGCCAAGCUGACUUGUGCUAGUGACAUCUACAGUUUUGGUAUAGUUGCACUCCAAGUUCUGUCCGGACAGAAAGUAAUUGAACUGGAUCUUGAUGCCAGAGACCAAUUAACAAGAAAGGCAAAGGAUGUGAGCAUGGGAAAACGGCCGCUAAAGGAUUUUGAAGACCCACAGCUACAUGGAAAUCUAAACAAUGUGGACUUUGAAUCCAUAUUGCAUAUUGCAGUGUUGUGUGUCGCCAAAUCAAUGUUGUGUGUCGCCAAAUCAAGUAAGGGCCGGCCAACAAUAGAUGUGGUCUUUGAUGAGUUGGAGAAGGCAUGGAAGAACACAGAUGUUAACAUAGUUGAGAUUCUCAACUCUCUUUCCUAA